CCCUGUCGACAGCUGGUCCCUUACCCCGAUAGUCCUUCUAUCCUUCAGAAGUCUGGACCCGCGGGGUCCCUCUCAGCUGGCCUCGGGACGCGGACUCCCGCGCCGGGGCCUCUGGGCGGGUCCCUGCCGCCCGCACCUGCCUCCGGGGGCGGAGCGCGGCUGCUACUGGGCGUCUCGAGCCUUUGCCACCAGCCGCGCGACUCGCACGGCUCCCCGACACCCCCGCCCCCUGGCACCCAGCGCACCUCUACUCGGCUGGGCCCGCCCUUCCCUCUCCGCGCAGUCCGUCCGUCCCUCCGCGGGCUCCGAGCCGCGGCGCCUCGCACUUCUGCCUUGAGUCCCCGCCGCGCUCGUCGCCGCCUCCCGGAUCCACUGCCCCGCGCCAUGGAGCCGGCCGUGGGUAGUGAGCGCCGCAGCCCCACGGGGCCCACCGUCCCGCCGCCGCCCCGGGGCCACCCGCCCUUGGCCCCCACCCCCGGCCCGGGCCAGCUGAGCUCCCCAGCGCGGGAGCCGCCGCAAUCAGAGGAGGAGCGGCAGCUGCGAAUCAGCGAGAGCGGCCAGUUCAGCGACGGGCUGGAGGACCGAGGCUUGCUAGAAAGCAGCACUCGACUAAAACCUCAUGAAGCCCAGAACUACAGAAAGAAGGCAUUGUGGGUCUCCUGGUUCUCCAUUAUUGUCACACUGGCUCUGGCGGUGGCUGCCUUUACUGUCUCCGUUAUGAGGUACAGCGCCUCUGCUUUUGGGUUUGCAUUUGAUGCCAUCCUCGAUGUCCUGUCAUCAGCGAUUGUCCUGUGGCGUUACAGCAAUGCUGCUGCUGUGCAUUCUGCCCAUAGGGAGUACAUAGCCUGUGUCAUCUUGGGGGUGAUAUUCCUUCUAUCAUCCAUAUGUAUAGUGGUCAAAGCCAUCCAUGACCUCUCAACGAGGCUGCUCCCAGAAGUGGACGAUUUUCUGUUCAGUGUCUCCAUUUUAAGUGGGAUCCUGUGCAGCAUCCUGGCCGUGUUGAAAUUUAUGCUGGGGAAAGUUUUGACCAGCAGAGCACUCAUAACAGAUGGAUUUAACUCCCUAGUGGGGGGUGUCAUGGGCUUCUCCAUUCUUCUGAGUGCAGAGGUGUUCAAGCACAAUGCAGCAGUCUGGUAUCUGGACGGCAGCAUCGGCGUGCUGAUUGGCCUCACCAUAUUUGCCUACGGAGUCAAACUCCUCAUUGACAUGGUGCCCAGGGUGAGGCAGACGCGCCACUACGAGAUGUUUGAGUGAGUUGGGGCAAGGACCAGCUCCGUCGCGCAGCACAGAGGCUUCAACACAGGCAGACGGUGCCAAUAUUUAACUGAACAUCCAAUUUCUUUUCUGGAACAUGUGCUCCUGGGAAGGAGGUCUGCCCAGCAGGUGGGUCUGCACUGAUCCCCGUCAAACACAUGAGGGCAGCCUGGUUUCCUCAUCUCCAGCCAGAACGGACAUUUUGACUCGUGGAGUAAAAGAUCCUCGUGGGUAGGAUAAGAUCUCUGCUUGGCAGAAAGCUGAUCUGUGGUGCUUUCAGCCUGGAAUGGACAAUGACUGACCAGACCCACCUCCUCCUUCCACUCUCUCCUGGCAGACUAAGGAAGAUCGUGCCCUUUGGUCCCUCACCCCUUUACAUACCAAGAACCAUCAGUAUAGAUCACUUCCUAAUUUCUAUCAAUGUAUUUCAUUAGUUUCAUACUGUUUUACUAAACCUAAAUCUAAACAGGUUUUGUUCAAAAGGAAACCAUUCUAUUUUUAAAGUCCUUAGUGAUAUAUAGUAGGAGCUUUGCAUGGAUGAAAUAAGCACACAACCUUUUCUUGAACAUCGAGAACGUGAACAUAUAUGUAAAAACAGGAUCCAUUUUUGAGACACAAAACUACAGUUAUUUGUAAUAAAUAUAUAAUCUAUCCAUAGAUGCAUAUAUCUAUCUGCUGUGUUAAGUGGUAAUAGCACAUCACAAGGUCACUGGAGAUGACUUACCCCUCUGUACGGAAACAGAUGUCAGUUUAUAUAGUGCUAGGUGUAGAUUCCAUAAAGAUGUUCCCCCAACAUGCAACAUUCUGUACCUCUAGCACUGCUGCUUGUCCCGGCGACAGUGCUGACCAAUAAACACCUUCACCUGUUUUA